UUUUUGGUCCAGUCUCGAUCGAACUAUUUCGUGUGAUUCAUUUGUCAUCUUAUGAUUUCAAUGUAGAAAAUCUGCUGUGAAUGUAGAACAUAACUAAAAAAUCGAUAUCCAUGUCUUUUCUUAUUUGAGUGAUUGGUUUUGUUUUUAGUGUUGGAAGAUUCAAAAAAGAAUACCAAAGUGCUGAUCUUUCCAUCCAUACCGUAUAAUGGAAUCCGCCAGUGGAAUUUGUGCAAAUAGCGUAAGUGUAGGAAGUUCUCAGCUACUAUUUACUUACCUAUUGUCAACUUUGAUGAAAUCCUACUGCGAUUUGAGCACAGUUUAUCCAGCUGAUCGAGGUGCAGAGAUUAUCCAGUCGAACGAUGAAUUUGAUUUCAUCGUUGUCGGAGCUGGUUCUGCUGGAUCCGCAUUGGCCAAUCGAUUGAGUGAAAUAAGAUCCUGGAAAGUAUUAUUGAUAGAGGCUGGACCAGAUCCGCCGGUUGAAUCUGAUAUCCCAGCCAUGUUCGUUUCACUUCUGGGUGAACCAAAGUACGAUUGGAAUUACAAAGUGGAAAAAUCAGAAAAAAGUUGCCGAAGUAUGAAAGGCAAUCAAUGUCUUUGGCCUAGAGGAAAAUUCUUGGGAGGUUGCAGCUCGAUCAAUGCCUUAUUAUAUGUACGCUGCAAUGCCAAAGAUUACGACAACUGGGAAAGUUUAGGAAACCCUGGAUGGAGUUAUAAAAACGUUCUGAAAUAUUUCAAGAAGUUAGAGAUGGCGAAUUCGGAGUCAAUGGAGAAGGAGGCUCAUGGAUACGAUGGUUAUCUUCACGUAGAAGAUUUUCCAGAAGGAGAUUUACUUGGUAAUAAAUUUGCUAGAGAGUUGGCGAUAAAAUUAUAUAAUGAAACAGGGUUACCUUAUGUUAAGGAUAUGAACGCAAAUCAGAAAACAGGGAUUACUGUAAUUCCAGGAACUGUGAAAAAUGGCGUUAGACAGAAUACUGCCAAAGCUUAUCUAGCUCCUAUUAAAAAUAGAAAAAAUUUAUCAGUAAUGAAAGAAACCUUAGUCACAAAACUAUUAAUUGAUGCUAAUAAGAAAGUUUACGGUGUCGAAGUACUCCGAAAUAAUGUUUAUAAAAAAAUAAUAGCUAAGAAAGAAGUCGUAUUGAGCGCAGGGGCACUGAACUCACCGCAGAUUCUAAUGCUUUCGGGAAUCGGUCCACGAGAUCAUUUGAAAGACUUGAAUAUUUCAUUUAUAAAUGACUUGAAAGUCGGUUACAAUUUACAAGAUCAUAUAUUUUUGUUCAACUUAUUGGCUAAAAUAACUUCCAAAGAAUUCAAAGAAGUUUCCCCACUCGACCUAUUAUAUUCGUAUUUGACUAAAAGGACUGACCUGGGAUCUGUUACCAUUUUGAACACGAUGGCAUUCGUUGACACUCUGAAUACAACGGAUGAUUAUCCAGAUAUUCAAAUACAUCAUAUGAGUUAUCCUGUUAAAAGUGACUUUCUGACUGCAUUUUUGAAAACUGCCAAUUUUCAUGAUGAAGUUGUCGAGAAAUACGUCAAAGCAAACGAGAAACAUCAAUUGAUUCAGUUCCUGCCAACAUUGCUUAGACCAAAAAGCCAAGGCAGAGUAAUGCUGAACAGCAAUAAUCCAUUAGACCCUCCCAAAUUCAUCGCUGGGUAUUUGACCGAAUUUGAUGACAUAAAAACUUUUAUAAGAGGGGUAAGAGUAAUUCUAAAUCUCACAAAUACUGAAACAUUCAAAUCAUGCUGCGAAUUUGUUGAAAUUCAACCUUAUAACGAUUGCAAAGAUUUGAAGCGAUCGUCAGAUGAAUAUUACGAAUGCCUUAUUCGUAACUUCGUCCAAACUGUGUAUCAUCCUGUGGGUACUUGUAAAAUGGGUCCUAAAAGCGAUAAAGAUGCUGUGGUUGAUCCCAGACUCAAAGUAUACGGUGUUCAAGGUUUAAGAGUUGCUGACGCUUCAAUAAUGCCAAAAUUAGUUAGUGGAAAUACCAACCUUCCUGCGAUUAUGAUUGGCGAAAAGGCUGCAGAUAUGAUAAAGGAAGAUUGGCUCGGUAAGUCCAGUCGUAAUGAAUUGUAAAAACAUGUCUAUUUUAUAAGUGCAUACCAAUGAUUUAGUUGAAAAUUUUGUAAAUUUCUCUCUGUUGUAAUUUUUUUCACAUUUAUAAUACAAUAUGUUUUCUCGGA